AUGUCCUGGACACACCUCAUCCGCUUCAUCGCCGUGGAAGACAGCCAAACCCACCUCGGCCAACUCGUCGACCCCACCCGCGAUAUCGGCGAAGACAGCGUCAAUGGCAUCGACAUCGCAGCCUACCUAAUCAACGGCGACAUCUUCAAUGGCCGCCUCCUCUCCCCCCUUCCCCCCUCAACAUGCACCUACAUCCGCUGCCUAGGCCUCAACUACACCGACCACGCCAAAGAAGCGAACCUCUCCCUCCCCACCGCACCAACCAUCUUCUCGAAGCCCCGAACAGCCCUAAACGGCCCGUACCCGGCCACAAUCAACGUCCCGAAAUGCGCCCAGGAUGGAACAAGCGACUACGAAGCGGAGCUGUGUUUCGUCAUCGGAAAGACGGGUCGCGAUAUCCCUGAAUCAGAGGCACUAGAUUACGUCCUGGGGUAUACGGCGUCGAAUGAUGUCUCUGCGCGGGGGUUGCAGUUUGUUACUUCGCAAUGGGGGUUCUCAAAGGGGUUGGAUGGGAGUUGUCCGAUUGGUAUUCAUCCCCUAAGUUAUUUCUUCCAUAGGUUGUGGUUGGGGCCUGUUCUGGUCUCGACCUCUGCGAUCGCGGAUCCCCAGACUCUGUCUGUCCAGGCUAUUCAUAACGGUGUAGUAUGUCAGGAUGGACACACGGAGAAUAUGAUUUUCUCGGUGAAGAAGACGAUCGCGUACCUGUCACAAGGUACGACGUUGGAGGCCGGGACUAUUAUUCUUACUGGGACGCCGGCGGGAAUUGGGUUCUUUAAAGAGCCGAGGGUGGUGUUGCGCGAUGGGGAUGAUAUUCGGGUUAGGAUUGGGGGUGUUGGGACGCUGGUAAAUAAGGUUAGAUAUGAGUAG